AUGGGUUUUGUAAUGGAAUUUGCAAUUCACUUCUGGAAUGAAGUUGGAGUGGAACUUCCUUCUGAGUUGGUAUUAAGUGUGCGUGAUGGUUCUUGGAAUAUCAAUGUGCUCUAUGAGCGUCAUUUUGGUGUUGUUUUUGGUGAAGGUUGGAAUAAUUUUGUUUCCGCAUUUGGUCUGGUUGCUGGAGACAUAAUAUGUUUUAGCUACGCGCGUAAUGGAAAUAUUGAUGUGGCCGCGUUCGACAGUACUUCAUCUUACGAGAAAUUUAGUCAUGGGAAAUUUGAUUGGAUGCAGAAUAGGUUUUGUGUUUUAAUGUGGGUUUGCGCUGAGAAUGCCUUUGAACAACCUCAAUCUAUUACACUUCCAUGUGGCGUUGAAGAAGUUUGUGAGUUAAAAUUGCGUAGCUCCAAAGGCAUGUUUAUAGUUAAUGCUAAGAAGAACAUUGAUGGUAACUGGGUUCUGUUUGGUAAUGAAUGGAAACGGCUUGUUGGUGCUCAUAAUAUAAAUUCAAAUGCUUACCUGAUAUUUCAAAAAGAGAAUGGUUUGAUGUAUGAUCUUAAAGUGUGUAGAGAGGCUGAUCCAUAUUUUGAGUUGAACAUUCAGGAGCAUCAUAAGAAUUGGGUGACUAUUCUAGCCAUAUUUAUUGACGUGUAUGAUGUCCGAAGCAUGAAAGUUGUGGUGUUGAUUUCAUUGAAAGGGAGGUUCAAGGUGCAGGUUAAACAUUUUCGAGGCGGAGGAAGGAAGCAGAGCAAGCAUGUUGUGUUUGGAACUGGAUGGAAGGAUUUCUAUAAGAGAAACUAUCUUUCAAACGGUGCAAAAUGUAGAUUUCAAUUAAUGAAAGCCAGCGGGAAUAAAUCUGCAGACACCUUCAUGAUGAAUGUCGUAGUGAAGAAGUGA